AUGGAACGGAGAAACCAUUCGAGCCUGGCCGAGUUCGUGUUCCUUGGUUUCCCCAAAGUGGGACAUGUCAGGGGCUGGCUUUUUGCCCUGUUGCUGUUGGCAUAUCUGUUCACUUUCUGCGGCAACUUGCUCACCUUCUUGGCCAUACGACUGAACGCAGCCCUGCACACACCCAUGUACCACUUUGUCAGUAUACUCUCCUUAUUGGAACUGUGGUAUACAGCCACCACCAUCCCCAACAUGCUAGCCAAUCUUCUCCGUGAGAAGAAGACCAUUUCUUUUGCCGGAUGCCUCCUUCAGACCUACUUCUUCCACUCUCUAGGGGCCUCUGAAUGCUACCUUCUUACAGCCAUGGCCUAUGACCGAUACCUGGCCAUCUGCCGGCCCCUCCGCUACCCUGCAGUUAUGACCCCGACACUCUGUGGCAAGUUGGCUGCUGGUUGUUGGACUUGUGGCUUCCUGUGUCCCAUUUCUGAAGUCAUCCUGGUCUCCCAGCUCCCCUUUUGUGGCUAUAAUGAAAUUCGACACAUCUUCUGUGACUUUCCACCUCUGCUGAGCCUGGCCUGCAAGGACACAUCCACUAAUGUCCUUGUGGACUUUGCUAUCAAUGCCUUUAUCAUCCUCAUCACCUUCCUCUUUAUUAUGGUUUCUUAUGGAAGAAUCAUCAGUGCUGUACUGAAGAUAAAAACAGCAGAAGGAAGAAAGAAGGCCUUCUCUACCUGUGCCUCACAUCUCACUGUGGUUCUCAUCUUUUUUGGGAGUAUCAUUUUCAUGUAUGUGCGCCUAAAGAAGAGCUAUUCCCUGACCCUUGACCGCACACUUGCUGUAGUCUACUCUGUACUAACACCACUCGUCAACCCAAUUAUCUACAGUCUUCGUAACAAGGAACUCAUUAAGGCCAUCAAGAGGACCAUCUGCCAGAAGUCAGGAAGGGCUCACCAUUGACUCUCUACCAAGGUCCUUCUUCCAUUUUAGGGUUGGCCUCAGAAACGUUCUAUGUACCUUGGUCCUGGCCUUGAAUAAUCUUCCCAUUACCACACAUGCUAUGGAUCCCAUCUCCUCUUGCCUUCUCAAAGUAUGUUUUUCUUUUAUUUCCUACGUCUUUAUGUUUUCCAUUUUUCACUUGAUCAGUGCUUUCAGCAUUUAAGAAUACUUUAGAAUCUUCCUUGUUAGAAACAAGCACACAUAUUUCCCUGGGCACACAUUCCCAGCCAGCUACAGGUCUAUUUCUUAUGCUCUCAUUUCCAGUUAAACUUCUCAACGUGAUUAAUGACACAGUCUACCUCCUCGUCUUCACUCCCUACACAUUUUGCAACCCACUGCCAUCUGGCUUUGGCUCAGAGCUUUCAAAAAAUAUUUUGUCAAGCUCAUUAAUAACCUCCAUGCUGCCUUAUCCGUUAGACUCG